AUUGACCGUGUUCAGCAGCUCUUCCCUCAGCUUUAUGUGAUGCUUUUAUCAGCUCCAUGUACACAAGGAGUCAAAAUAGUUUUAAUAAGGAAGUAAAAACACAAGUGCAGUCACUACGGUAACAGCACAAUAGAUUUCUUUGUAUUCAUAAACACACAUGCAGUACAAGCUGCCUGUGCUUUGACAGUCCUGACAUGAGAAUGCAUGAACUGAACUGAUUUGUCAACCAUUCGUUAGACUCUGUUUAGACUGAGGCGGGCAUGGAAGCUGUGAAAGUGGUGUGAACAGGGUGCAGUGGGCUGGUAAUGUGUGCAAAGUCCAUCCUGGUUACCUGUUACCAUGCUUACAUUUCCUGACAAAGCAAAAAGUUCAGCUGUGUGGCUGUUUCUAGUAAUAAAGCACCGUAUUUAACAAGUACCUGAAGAUGGUGCGAGUAAAGUACCAGCUUACAGUAAUUCAUCCUGAGGUGACCUAGUUCCCUGGUGUCCUCCAUUAAUGGCUAAUGGAAACUACCAUUUAACACAUGCAAAUGUUACAGCCCAGGUGAGCGGGCACAGCUGUGGCCCACUCAGCGGGUCGGUCAUUGUUGUUGAAUUUACACUUCUGGGAUUUCUGAAGAAGGCUUCAGCAGGGCAGUUAAUGUCAGGCUCAGAAGGAAGAGGAAGUGUGGCUGGCAUUGAUCCUAACAGCUGAUGUAUCUGCAGCUCUGACGGAUGAACUUUAGUAACUUCCCUAAUUAACGUGUCUUUGCACCAGGACACUGGGGCCCUGCGACAGCAAAGACUCAAAGUUUGAUGAAAUAAGAAGUUAUUUUUGCAGCUGCUCAAAGUAACCGUGCAGAUAAAUGUCCGGAGUUCGGGCUUGGAUGGAUCAAGCAGUGUUGUUGUACAGCUUGACUGUGUCAUGGAGAAACUGCUCUGGUUGGUUCAACCACGUUUCCAAGCUGCCUCGUCGCGCUGUACUUUUGUUUAAAAUAAUCACUGCCUUUGAUCGUCGUGUCUCUGCGCUCUGAAUCAAGCGCUAACAUCACGAGGUCUGAAGUGUGCCGUCACGUGAACAAGACGCUCCUCCCGGCUUGGCCACAUCGCUGCAUGUCACCUGAUUUCAAGAGGAAACUGGCACCUGAAUUAAAGGGACUAACUAGCUGGUUAAGUUGCGACACAUGCUCUUACUAAACCGGAUGGUAAAACUGUAUAAAGGAGAUCAGUCGUAAAAAGGGGAACCGAAACGGGGCUGUCGACAUUCAGCCUCCUUCCCCCAGACGUGGAAAAAGCUAGCCGAAGCUCCUCUCGUGUAAGCUGGGCUCUGGUCUUCCUCCAGCCGGGAUGUCGGACACGGACGGUUCUCUCCCUCUGCUGAAGAGGCUCAGCUACGCGGUGGGGCACUUUCUCAACGACCUGUGUGCCUCCAUGUGGUUCACAUAUCUGCUGGUUUUCUACCACUCGGUGCUGGGAUUCCAAAACACGAGUGCAGGUGUGCUUUUGCUGGUCGGGCAGGUAGCCGAUGGUAUCUGUACGCCUCUUAUUGGCUACGAGUCCGACCGAAGCCCCGGCUGUAGAAACUACGGCAAGAGGAAGACGUGGCAUUUAGUUGGUACACUGAGCGUAGUGCUCUCCUUUGCCUUCAUCUUUAACCAGUGUGUGGGCUGCAGCUUCCUCACCCCUCAGUGGGCCAGUCUAAUCUACUUCGUCCCAUUCAUCAUCAUCUUUCAGUUCGGCUGGGCCGCCACGCAGAUCUCUCACCUGUCCCUCAUCCCAGAGCUGGUCACUUGUGAGCAUGCUAAAGUAGAGCUCACCGCGUACAGGUACGCGUUCACAGUGAUAGCCAACAUCACUGUGUAUGGAGUGGCUUACCUGCUGUUUCACGUCCAGGCUGGAGAGGAUGAAGACCCUGAUUCACUGGGACCAGCAGACAUCAUCAUCUUCAGGAAUCUGUCACUAAUUGUUUUGGGGAUCGGUGUCGUCUUCUCCGUCGUUUUCCACGUGGGAACAAAAGAGAGCAAUGGAGCAAGCGAGGAGUCGGAGGAGGCCGAGGGGGAGCGGAGGCUGCUGCUGCCGCGCUCCAACACCUUCUCGUCUCUCCUGCAGUGGAAAUGCUGGCUGCGACAGCCUUCUUUCUACCAGGUGGCCGUGCUCUACAUGUCCACCAGGCUGAUCGUCAACCUGUCUCAGACGUACAUCUCCAUGUAUCUCAUCAACACUCUGGGGCUGCCAAAGAAGUUCAUAGCUACCAUCCCAUUGGUGAUGUACGUGAGCGGCUUCCUGUCCUCCUUUAUCAUGAAGCCUGUCAGCAAACUCAUUGGGAAAUGUCUUACUUACUUCGUGGGCCUGCUGCUGAUCAUGGCGUUCUCGUAUUGGGUGCUGCUGGACGUCACCAUGGGUCAGCAGGUAUACGGGGCGGCCGUGCUGCUGGGGGCCGGGUCCGCCACCAUCCUGGUCAUAUCGCUCGCCAUGACUGCGGAGCUCAUUGCAGAUCAGACGCAAAGUGCAGCGUUCGUGUACGGAGCCAUGAGUUUCACUGACAAGCUGGCCAAUGGACUGGCAGUGAUGAUCAUUCAGGCCCUGCAUCCCUGCCAGUGCUCUGCCAAUCAUCUCCAGUGAAGCAAAUGGAAUCAACUGACUGGGCUCCUCCCACAUCAUCUCACCACGGGGAACUUUUUCAGGGAACGGCAGGGAUCCUGUGGGACUUCCUGACCCGCUGCUGAAACCAAGAAGCUUUCUGUUUUUAAACUGAGAUUUGCAUCCUUUCAUAA